AUGCCACCACACGUCAGAAGAACUCUGGAUGAAUGGGCGGCUGAAGACAACGAGGAGCCGCCUCCCGACGCAUACGACAAGCACCAAGAUUUGGUCCCGCCUCACUUUUCGCCCACGCCUGAUCUCACCAAUGUCGGCAAGGUCUACUCCAACUAUGGCAACCGCCAUCAGAAGAGCAGGUGGAAGCCGAUCUCGCUGGAAGCUAAGAAUUCGGCUCAGCGGAUCUAUCGCAACUAUGGCAUCACGUACAACGUACGGUACAAGGCCGGCUUGUACAUUGCAGGUUCCGAGACCGAGAUGGAAGACAAGCAUCGCGAUCGCAUGAUGGUUCUGGUGUUUGAGCUGAAUGGAGCGGAGCUGGGACGGUGGAAGGAUAUUCAUGCCGACGCUAUGGAGUUGCUGGACCACCUCCAUCUAUCAGGAGAGCACGGUGUCUGCGUGAGAUACUACCGACGGUGGGAGCGUAGUUUUCCCAGGUCUGAGAGCAGCGUCUCCCAGACUCAGCGAACGACUACGUCGAAUGAACGAGGUGAUAUCGAUUAUCGCCGUGGUGAAAUGAUCGAUAUCGGCCGGCCUCGAGAUCUGCAACGGGGAGCUCACCUAGAGUGGCGAGAUCCUCUUGAGAGCAAUCAUGAGACUGGGGAGCCCGACUUCACGACACUCGACGCAUCAAGAGCAGCCUCAUCGCUCAUGCGAGACGAGGAAGCACCAAGACAUCCUCUAACAUACCCAUCACGACAUCAUGGACGUUCCUCAAACUCACAAGGCCCAACGGACACCUCCGCUGCGCCAAGUGCAUACUCUGCACCCACCUCCAACGAAGACGUCGACCUUGAUUUCGGUCGUAGAGUCCAGAGGAAUGUGGAAGCCUACAAUCGCCUGCUCAGUCCGCCGCGACGCGGGCAAGAGCAGGCGGAUCUUUAUUAUGAGUCUGAAAGCGAGACUGAGUCGAGCGAGGAGAGUGUCGUGGGUAGCGAUGAGGUGGAAGACGAGGCGCCUUUGCGAAGAGAGCUGCCGGUGCCGGCUAUUGAGUUUCGAUGA